GGCUGCCGGGAGGGGUCUAGGAGGUGCCGGCCGGGAGCGGCCUGUUGGCGGAAGCGCAGUGGGCCUGGACUCGGGCUUGUGCACCGCUGCUGACUGUCGGGUCGGAGCCCGGGAACUUGUGAGAGCCUGCGGACUCAGAUUUCAACACAAUGAAGCCCAAAGUAAUUCACAAUAUCCUCCUAUGUUCCUUCUGUCUGGCGCUUUACUGCCUGUGCAAUGCUGAUAAAUUCCUGAGCAGCAGGUAUGAGUGGAAGAAGCUGAUUAUGGUUCAUCACUGGCCGCCCACAGUGUGCAAGGAAGCUGAAAAUGACUGCAGCAACCCUCCGGGUUACUGGACCAUACAUGGAUUAUGGGCUGAUAAAGCAGAAGACUGUAACCGGUCAUGGCACUUUAAUUUGGAAGAGAUCAAGGACCUUCUGCCAGAAAUGAAGAUGUACUGGCCUGAUAUAAUCCAUCGGCCUCCUAAUUGCAGCCAAUUCUGGAAGCACGAAUGGCGGAAGCACGGGACCUGCGUUGCCCAGCUGGAUGCCCUCAACUCAGAGAAGAAGUACUUCGGUAAAAUCCUGGAUCUGUACAAACAACUCAACCUUGACAGUAUGCUCCAGAAGUUGGGGAUAAAACCAUCUAUCGAUUACUACCAGGUCGCAGAUAUCAGAGACGCGCUUGCCAGUGUGUAUGGAGUAAUGCCGAAAGUCCAGUGUCUUCCGCCUGAAAAGAAUGAGGAUGUACAGAGCAUCGCUCAGAUAGAACUGUGUUUCACGAAGGACCUGCAGUUACGUAACUGCACCCAGCCCGGGCUCUCGGCUUCCCUCCGGCAGAAAGCCAGGGGGGCGGAUGUGGCUGACUCGAGCAUGGGGCUGGAGGUCUGUGAAGAUGGCCCUGUGUUCUACCCCCCGCCCAGAGAGACCAUGCGCUGAUGCCGAAAUUGUGGAAAUACCCUGUGUUUUGAAAAGCAAGAGCAAGAAAUGCACAAGUCACUGCUUCCUUAAAAA